AUGAAAGGGUUAUCGGCGCGCUUGCUGUUGAAAAGUGCGGUGCUAUUGGUCCUGUUGGUGGUCGGACUCGCCAAGGCCAAGGAGGAGGACUACUACACGGUUCUCGGGCUAUCCAAAGACUGCUCUGACCGCGAAGUAACAAGAGCCUACCGGAAACAGGCGCUCAAAUGGCAUCCGGACAAGAACAGAGAUGACCCCAAGAGAGCGGAGAAGCGUUUCAAGCUCGUGAGCGAGGCAUACGAGGUCCUCCACGAUGCCGAAAAGAGAAAAAUGUACGACUUGUAUGGGAAGGAAGGCGUGUUCGCAUCCGCGGGGGCCGGCGGCGGCCCCGGCGGGGCCGGGGGGGGUUGGCCCGGUCAGGGUUUCUCGGGACAGGGAGGGAUGCCGAAUUUCGCCGGCGCGCAAGGCGGGCCUGGGGGUGCGAGUUUCUUCUCUUUCGGGGGGGGCGACGGGGGGGCGGGGGGAGGGGGAGCAAACGGCGGCUCCUUCGGAGGGUUCACGGACCCGCGAGAGCUUUUCGAGGGUUUUUUUGGAGGCGGCGGGGGCUUCGACGAUUUUGGGGAUGGCGGCGCUGCUAGCCUCUUCGGCGGGUUGUUCGGGUCCCCCUCCUUCGACGACCCGUCCGGAGUGGGCUCGAAGAGGAAGGGCGGAUUCCACGGGGCCCCCGGUCAAGGGCGGUCGCGGCGGCGGCAGCGGCGGCGGCCGCGACAGUCCGGGCCUCCCGUGGAGAAGGAGUUCUGGUGCAGCCUGCGGGAGCUGUACGAAGGGUGCGAGAAGAAGCUGAGGGUGACGGACACGGUUUCGGACCCUUUCACGGGGCAGUCGCGGAAGGUGUCCCACGUCUACCGGAUCGCGGUCAAGCCGGGUUGGAAGGAGGGGACGCGGGUGACGUUCCCGGCGAAGCGGGAGGGCCUCCGGAGCAUCUGCUUCGUGCUGCGGCAGAAGCGGCACCGGUACCUGCGCCGGGAGGGGGACUGCCUGGUCUACGAUUGCCGGCUGACGGACGACCAGGCCCGCCGAGGCGUCCGGAUUAGCGUGCCGCUCCUGAGCAAGGCCGACCCGCCGGUCGAGGUCACGACCAAGGGGCAGGAGGUGUACCACAACAAGGAGAUGCUCCUCCCCGGGUUGGGCAUGCCCACCAAGAGCGGCGGCGGCGGCGGCGACAGGGGGGCGUUCAAGAUCAAGUUUUUGCUGCAGCAGCGCUCCGGGAAAGCGGCGUCCGCGGCCUGAUUGAUCCCCCCCUGACGGCGGAGGCAUCGGCACCAGAGAUUUGCUCGCUUCUUGCUGCUGGUGGUGUUGUGUUGCGCGCGAGCUGUGCAGGGUGAUGUGGACUCCUCCUCUGGCGCUGAAGAUCCGCAAGACGGCUUGGUUGGGGUUGCUUGCUGAGUUGGGAGAUGGAUCCAUGCAUAUAUACCCAUGUUUUGGUGACCCGCCGAGAUUCCGUGCGGUUGGGCUGCUACAAGAGACUUAAAAAUUGAGCAGGACUGCUUCUGUCUAAGCGACAAAAUAGAUACGUGCGCAGUGCGUGCGUGUAGCGUUCGGUUUUCCUGGGAGGAGUUUGGAACGAAGUUUUGGGGCGGUUUUACAACAAAGAGGCCAAGGUGUCUUGCAAAUAUUGGCUCAAGCAUCCGUGCAAUCCCAAGACGUGGGGGCGGGGUUUACCUGUUGCUCCGCGGUUGUUUUGUGGUCCAGGGCGCGGAUUCUCCCUACCUCAAAUAUGAUGUUCAAGAGGCAGACGAUGUUUGUGUAUGGAACGGGGUGGCCCAUAUGGCGAUUUGGGGGCUG